UUUGUCUCAAGUCUCAACUGUCUCUUGUUUUUUUUGUUCUUCUUCUUCCGUUUCCUUUCCUUCAAAGGCAGCUCUUCUUUUAUCAUUCUUUCCAUUUUCUCUCUCCUAAACCAAAAAAAUCCUACUUCCAGAAAAUUCCACUAAUCUCAAUCAUCGAUUUCAUUAUCUUCUUUGAUUGUCCAAUUUUUAUUUUUAUUUUCCUCCAAUUUUUAUUUCUCCCAUUUUCUUGAUUUUUUCCCAAUUUCUCCAUUUUCAAACCCUAGAUUAUCAUUUCCACACUCCAAACCCUAAUUAAGCAAUCACUGACCCUUCUGAUUGCCUAAUUUGUUCCGAUUUCAUCGAAUUUAGGCAGAAUUGAAGGAAAACCCAAAAAAUUAUGGCGAGUUUGGAAGAAAAUCGCGGGUUGUCGACUAGCAAGCCUCCGAUUACGUCGAAGAUUUCUCUGUUUAAUCGGUCAAUGACAAUCCACACCACCGCAGCCAACUCCUCGAAGAAAGGAUACGUUUCGUCGGCCGCUUCGGCGGUCGUGGAUCGCAACGCGGAGUCGAUGAAGAAAUGGUACAAUAACACCUUUGAUUCAGCUGGUUCAUCUUUGAAAGGAAAGGUUAGACAUCUUCGGAAUAUGUUUGAGUCCCAAAAAUCAAUAAAUAAAAAUAGCAACUUUUCCCAAAAGAUUGAAGAAUCAGCACAUAAUCAUCAUUUGGCGAGAUUGAGACCUGCGAAAUCAUUUAGUACAGAUUUCAAGGAUUCCUGGUCGAUUCUAGAUGUUUCGACAAUUCGAUUUCCCGGCACUGAGGACAGAGUUGUGGUAUAUUUCACUAGUUUGAGGGGGAUAAGGAGAACUCGUGAGGACUGUGAUGCUGUCCGGAUGAUUUUCCGAGCGUAUAAGGUGUUUGUCGAUGAACGAGAUGUUUCGAUGGAUGCUGCUUACAGAAAGGAGGUGCAAGGGUUGUUGGGGGAGAAGAAUGUGAGUUUGCCACAGGUUUUCAUUAAGGGUAAGUAUGUGGGUGGGGUUGAUUUGAUCAGACAGUGGAAUGAGACUGGUGAACUUCGGAAGAUUCUUCAGGCAUUGCCAACAAGGGAUAGACGGUUCGUUUGUGAUUCUUGUGGUGAUGUAAGGUUCUUGCCAUGCUCCAACUGUAGUGGAAGUAGGAAGUUAUUUGAUGAGGAUGAAGGGGUCAUCAAGAGAUGCUUGGAGUGCAACGAAAACGGUUUGAUUCGGUGCCCAGAGUGUUGCUUGUGAAUUAUGAUCCAGGUAUAUUGCUACGAAAAGGAUACUCGUCUAGCUAGUUGUGUGUUUUUAGCUUAUGGAUUGGCUUGAAUAACCUCCUUUUUACGGUUUCAGCCUUAUCGCGGAGAUUUGGUUGUACAUUGUUCAUAUAUUCACGAUGAACAACAAUUAUGUAUGUCAAUGAUACUUGAUAUAGUACUGAACUAGUGUGACUCCUUGAUUAAAAAAGGAAAAAUAAAAGAAAAAAGAAAUUCAAAAAUAUUGAAUAGAGGAGAUAAAGCAUAUUAGUGCUGGUGUGCUCCAUUGUAGCUUGGGAUAUGAUAGGCAUCUCCCUUGACUUGCAAUGUACAUUUACUAUGCUGUAAAUAUUGAUGACAUUUUUUUCCCCUUUUGCAUCUGCGCAAACUGAAGCUUUUGUAAUGAGAAGGGCGACUAUAGUUUUUGGCUUUUGUCCAUUGGAAUGAAUGACAAUUCCUGUGAGCUUUUGAUUCAA